AUGCAAACUAUUACUCGUCGCGGUGGUUCGCCAUACAACCCCAGCCCCUCGACUUACAAGGUCUUCCGCAACGUCAAAGACUAUGGUGCAAAGGGUGAUGGUGUUACCGACGAUACUGCGGCCAUCCAGCGUGCGAUUUCGGAUGGCAACCGAUGUGGUCAAGGCUGCAAGUCCAGCACGGUCUCGCCUGGAUUGGUCUACUUCCCGUCGGGCACGUACCUCGUCUCGAGCCCAAUCAUUCCAUACUACUAUACCUCCAUGGUCGGAGACGCCAAGAACCCACCUACAUUACUUGCGGCUGCUAGCUUCAAUGGUAUCGCCGUAAUCGAUGCCGACCCUUACAUUCCUGGUGGUGGUGGGGCCCAAUGGUGGGUUAACCAAAACAACUUUUUCCGCUCGACCCGCAACUUCAUCAUCGACCUGCGCCGAGUUCCUGCUGCCAACUCUGCAACUGGUCUUCACUGGCAAGUUUCUCAGGCUACUUCUUUGGUUAACAUCCGCGUCGAAAUGUCUCAAGCUGCUGGCAAUAAUCACCAGGGCAUCUUCAUGGAGAACGGCUCUGGAGGAUUCAUGUCUGAUUUGUAUUUCAAUGGUGGUCGUUAUGGUGUCUGGAUGGGCAACCAGCAAUUCACAGUCCGUAAUAUCACGGUCGCGAACGCUCAGUCUGGUAUCUUCCAGCCCUGGAACUGGGGAUGGACUUUCCAAGAUGUUAAAAUUAUCAACUGCCAAGUUGGAUUCGACCUUACUACUGGUGGUCUUACGCAAGAUCAACAGACUGUUGGCGCAGAAGUGAUUGUUGACGCGGUCGUUACCAAUACCCCUACGUUCAUUCGCACCUCUGGUUCGGCUCCCUCCUCUCUUGCCGGCUCUCUUUUACUCGAUAACAUCAAGUUUACCGGUGUUACCAACGGUCUUGUUGACGGUAGCGGCAGGGUUGUCUUGGCUGGUGGAGACAAGACCAUCAGGCAAUGGGCUCAAGGAAACGUUUAUACCGGAACAGGAACCACAUUCAAGUACACUCAAGCCACGAUCAAUGCGCCAGCUAAGCCUAGUUCCUUGGUCGAUUCCACCGGCAAGAUCUUCUCCAGGUCAAGGCCCCAAUACAUCAACUACGCACCGAGCCAGUUUGUUUCUGUCAAGGCUGAAGGUGCCAAGGGUGACGGUGUAACUGACGACAGCGCCGCGAUCCAGGCUGUCUUUGACAAAUACUGGGGGUGCAAGAUUAUCUACUUCGAUGCUGGGUCCUACUAUGUCACUAAGACUAUCAAAAUCCCAACUGGCUCGAUUGUCGUUGGUGAAAUCUGGUCAACAGUCAUCGGAGGUGGAUCUGCGUUUGCUGACCAGACUAAACCUACCCCUGUGAUUCAAGUCGGAAACCCCGGAGAUAAGGGAGUCGUUGAAAUUAGCGAUAUGGUGUUUUCUACUAGAGCUGGUAGCGCCGGCGCGAUUGUCGUGCAAUGGAAUGUCGCCGACGCGGCCGGCCAGAAAGGCACCGUUGGCAUGUGGGACGUCCACAUCCGCCUCGGAGGAUUCAAGGGCACCAACCUCGAUGUGUCUACUUGCCUGGCAGGAAGCUCGCACUCGACCACGGGAUGCGCCGCUGCAUUCCUGGGAUUGCAUAUUACCAGCACGGCCACGGCCUAUAUGGAGAACGCUUGGAUUUGGACCGCCGAUCACGACCUUGAGGACCCGAGUGAGCGCCAAAUCGAUGUCUACACUGGACGCGGUAUUCUCAGUCAAUCCACGAAUGGACCUGUCUGGCUCAUUGGUACUGGUUCUGAGCACCAUGCUCUCUAUCAGUACAACAUUGUCAACUCGAAGAACGUGUAUGCUGGGCUGAUUCAGACUGAAACACCUUACUGGCAACCCAACCCCGCGCCACCGGCACCGUUCACCAUCAACUCGUCUUACUAUGAUCCAUCUUUCACGAAUGGUAGUGCUGCUUGGGCCUUGAGAGUGCAGGCUUCGUCGAACAUUUAUGUCUAUGGCGCUGGCUUGUAUAGCUUCUUCCAGAAUUACGUACAGACUUGCUUGGACUCUUAUACCUGUCAAAAUUCUAUUGUGACGAUUAGCUCGGAUUCAACGGAUGUUUACGUUUACUCUCUGUCCACUGUGGGCACAACAAACAUGCUCAACGUUGGGUCCACUGCUAUCGCCAAGCAGGCCAACAACCGCAACGGAUUCCAAUCGACCAUGACUCUUUGGUCUUCGGCGACCGGGACUCACUAG